UCAAGGAACUACGACCAUCCGCCUGCCUCUUCCCGUCGCCCUAACCGAUCAUCUCGUUUUCGUAUUAAUUCUCCUCAGCCACCACCUGAUCGAGCUCGUACUUUUGCCGAGCGGUACACCAGGGCAUUUAGACUAGCUGAGCAGCUCAGCGAUGAUCCUCCAAGCGAGCUCGAAGUACUCUUAGCCACUGAGAUACCUCCCCCACAGGAAACUCAGACCACCAACCCGGGCCCCAGAGUCUUGACGCACCUCCGGAACCUGAUUAACUCAGACAGCAACCACUCAAAUUCAGAUGAGACUCUACGAGCAAUCGAGACUUUGAAUCAAAUCGAAGCCUAUCAGAGCGAGCAAGCCAGCGUUGAUCAAGCUCGAGCUUACUUUGAGCACCAUCUACAACGACUUCAAUCCUAUUCGACCCCGGAAGAACGUAGAGCCAGACUUUUGGACCAGGCCACCAGGGGUUUAACACCUACUGCUCCGAGACUCCGUCGUCGAUCAUUUAGACCUGACCUACGUGAAUCACUCCCACCGCCAUCUAGCAUGUCUCUUAACGCUUCAAAUUCCCCAGAUGACCACGGUCGAGCGAAGCGCCGUAAGACAGAUGCCGAUGACAAUAGGGAGGGUGAAUCAGCCAUAUUCAAUUACGGCCACCAUGGUCAAGUUGUUCCUGGCCCUCUGAAGAUGCAGGUUGCCAGCUGUGACGGUGGGAUAUUUGGUCCGGAUGGAGGCAGCUCUUUUCCGGAGAAUGUCCUGCGCAGUGACCAGUCGGUCUACUGUUCCAAGUCUGGUAGUUGCAAUCUUAUUCUUCGUCACCUGAACGAGGCACCUUUUUGCCUCACGAAAAUAGUUUUCAAGACUCGAAACGGGUAUGAAACACCAAGCCAAGAUGGUAUGGUAUUCGUGUCUAUGUCAUCCGAGGAUUUGACCACUAUCACGAAUAUACAACCCACUAUUGAUCCGACUUCGCGAAGGUAUCGUCGUUCUCGGCGGACGGGCGUACAACCUUCUGAAGAAUACAUGAUUGGUUUUCGAUCUCCACACCUGUCUCUUAGCCUCAACAGUGACUCCCAGUCUACGACCGAGAACCUGUCGACCACCGAGAAUCUGUCAACCACUGAAAACACCGAGCACCAGUCAAACGAAUUACAGGAAGAUUUUCGCGUUACCACUGAGUACCACGAUAACUCCGAUUCUCCGGAUGAUGCCUUCAUGGAAUGCGAAGAUGAAGAUGAACUGCCCAUUAUCGAUAUCGCAGAAGAGGAUUCUAGCGAGGACGAAAGCGCAAGCUGGGAGGAAGACCCCGAAGAUUCCAACGUCCGCACCUUCAACCAUCGCCGCCUACUAUUAACGCGCCGUAUUGAUGCUAUGCGCUUACAAAAUUCUGAUACCCUGCGACGACGUCAACCCCCAAGUUUGGUUGAUCCAAUUCCAAUCUCCUCUAAUGCCAGUCCUACACCACAAUUACUCAAACCUCUUGCCCAUUUCUCAAUAAGCAGAGAAAAGAGCGUUGUGACCCUCAAAUUCGACCCAGCCCCCUCUUGCCGGUUCAUUCUGAUUAAGCUUUGGAAUACCCGAUCUGAUGGAAAUAUUGAUAUCCAGAGCAUUCGUGUUCAUGGAUACGCGGGGCCUAGAUUCUUCCCAAGUAUGGGGGUGCGAUGA